AUGACGCACUUGGCCACUUUCGGUGGUGAAACAGUCAGCAAGUUUGCUGAUCAGGGCUUUGCUGGACUGCUCUCAGAUGAAAUUACUUAUAAGCUGACGUUUUACGGCCGCCAACAAGCAAAACAGACCUUCAUCGGUUCCAGCCUUUAUGAACUUGUUCUCGGUAAGUCAAGCAUCAUAUGCUCUUAUACAGUAUGCAACGCAGUUUUCUACAAUAAAUGGAACGUCGAUCGUAAGCGAGAUUUCACCUUCCCAAAAGGCAAAUGA